ACUCACCCACGCGAUAAUACCACCAAACGACGUGCAAUUGUGCUAUUGCUUUGUGAUCCUUCAAUUCGAGUAUGGAACUACAGAUAUCGACGCGGUAAUCCAUCAUCAACGACAUUCGCCAUUAAUUGUUAUCCUCCCAACCCUGCCCGCCUCGCCCUUGCUUCGCCAUGGCUACAGCAUCACCAACCCCAAUGGGCGCCUCCCAUUUCGCAUCACUUUCGCGACGACCUCCUUCGAGACAGGCAUAUAAACAAAUGCCCUCGAGACCACCGUUACACCGAUCAGACUCGGUGCCAGCAGUGGUGCAUGCGCGGGCGUACUCGUUGAACGAUAGCUCGGACGACGAGAUAGCUAUACCGGUCAUGAAGUUUUCUGCAGCUACCAAUGCUCUCCUCAACGAUGCAGCACUUACUGGCGAUCCAUCACCAAUCAGACCGAAGAAGGCUACACCAGAAGCAAAGGAUUACGGGAAGUUCUCGUUUAGAGCUGGCAUCGAUUCUAUCCAGGACAAACUUUCUCCAAUCGCUGCCAAAGUGCACAGUCCGUAUCCUCGGCGGGUUAUCAGACUAAGUAAUGGGACACCAUCAACAUUACGGCGUAGCGCUUCGGUCUCGAGUGCCGUGAAGAGACGAAAUGAGAGGUCGGCUGAGAAGUUGGAAAGUCCUUUGAGUCUUAGUACUCCCGCCCCAGAACCUAAGACGAUCCCGAAGCCAAGCUCCGGUGAUCAUGGAGCAUCGUUCAGUUCAUCCGAAAAGAUGUCUAUAAGAGCAGAGUCAGUACCUCGAGAUGAAGAGGUGGAUCCUGGAUCACAAGAAUACCCGUCAACAGUAGCAAGACCAAAUUUUGCCACGAGUCAAGGAAGCGUGUCGAGGUAUGCGCCGUCGACCAUUGGUCGGACACGGUAUGGUGAAGAUCCAGCUCUUCAAGGUUCGAUGCGGAUCAACAGAGUUGCAAAGGUGACAGGGGCGUUUCUAAAAGGCCCUGCUAGAAGGGGAAGGAGGAGGAUAUCGGAUGAAGAGAGAAGUCCCAUCGAUGAGAAUGGACAAGGGUUGGAUUCUGCUCCAUCAAGUCAAGAACCAGAGAGCCAGGAAUCGCAAGCUCCUGAGUCUCAAAGUCAAGGUCCCCAGAGUCAAGGAUCGAGUCUGGGGCGUAGUUCUUUCCAUGCAUCAAUGUACAGAGACUUUGCAUCUGGAAGUCCUGUUGGCUCGAAAGAUGUACUCAACUCGGCAUUGCGAUCGAAUUCGCCGCCACCUCCAACCCUGAGCAGUUCUCAAAGGUCAGCUACAGCAAAGACGAGCUCACAACAAGCUCAACCCGUUUUCAAGGUCCCUGCUCCUCGGCCAGACCUUCCUUCGGCGCAUGAUCAGGAAAAUGAGGCCCCUCCAACUUUCAAGCGCAACAAGCAGCCGCUGAUACAUCUUGACAAGAUUGAGAAAGUACCGACUCGACCUCAGAGCAUGGAUAUGGAUGCUCUGGUAGGCCCAGAAAGACCAGCGCUGGCCCUAAGAAGUCAGAAUACCCCUCGACGACCAGCUCCUGCUCCACCACCACCGAAAAUGUCACUUCUCGAUGCCGCAACAAGUACUGCUGGAGCUGCAGCGUCUCAGACAAACUCGAAGAGGAACAAGUUGCGUGUGAAUGGCAAGAUUUUUACCCGACUGGACUGCAUUGGACGAGGUGGAAGUUCGAGAGUGUAUCGAGUCAUGGCUGAAAACUCGAAAUUUUUCGCUUUGAAGAAGGUCAAUUUAGAAGAUGCGGAUGAAAACGCUGUUAGAGGCUUCAAGGGAGAAAUUGAUCUGCUAGAUAAGCUGAAAAGCGUUGAUCGAGUCAUUCGAUUGUACGACUAUGAAUUGAACGAGGACAAAGGCACUCUUAGUGUGCUGAUGGAAAUGGGUGAAUUGGAUAUGAACAAGAUCUUGGAAAUGCGACUCAAAUCGGAUAACUCCAAAUUUGAUCCCAGUUUCGUCCGACAUUAUUGGAAGGAAAUGCUCGAGUGUUUGGAAGCGAUUCACGAAUAUGACAUUGUUCAUUCGGAUCUGAAGCCACACAAUUUUGUUCUUGUCCAAGGACGACUCAAACUCAUCGACUUCGGAAUCGCCAAUGCCAUUCAGACCGAUGAGACUGUUAACGUCCAUCGAGAAACACAAAUAGGGACACCAAAUUACAUGUCACCUGAGUCUUUGAUGGAUCAAAAUGCAAAGCCUGAUGCAAGGGGACGGAUACCAAACGAGCCAAAGCUGAUGAAACUUGGCAAGCCCAGCGAUAUAUGGAGUUUAGGCUGCAUUCUCUAUCAAAUGACCUACGGGCGUGCACCGUUUGCGCACAUUCAGAACCCGAUGCAACGAUGUCAAGCAAUCAUCAACUUCAACUAUGCCAUAGAAUAUCCUUCCACUGGCGUUGGAGGUGUUCCCGUCCCAGCCGCUCUCAUCAAGACGUUGAAAAAGUGUCUGAAUAGAGAUCAGUUCCAGCGGCCUUCGGCUACGGAACUACUCAAGGACAGUGAUCCUUUUCUGAAUCCGAUCGAGUGCAGCGAUGCUGCCUUGCCUAUCACCGAGGAGCUUCUAGGCAGGAUUCUUUUGAACGUCGCAGCCAAGAUCAAAGACAGGAACCCGACUGAAGCAGAGUUGUUGCAGUCAUGGCCACAUGGCUACUUUGACAGGCUGAGGAAGAACUUGGCGGAAGGGCGAGGCUUAUAGGGAGUUUGUUUAUUACUUGGUGUUUUGUUUGAUUACUGUAUGGGUCUACUUGUUGGAUAGGGAGUUCUGAAGAGCAGCUUGUUCAAAAAGAGGGAGGUUCUUUCACAUCUGCGAUUAGCGUGUUGGCGUUCUAGGAAUGCCACGGCAUGGGUAUACCAUCUUUAAAAGUGUACUUAUUUCUUGGGAGGAUACGAGAGUAUGAAGUCUCCAAUUC